CAUACAUACAUACAUACAUACAUAGUCAUGUCAACAGAGCAAGAACAAGUUCAAGUUCGUUUUACAACUCAACAACCUAAAUAUGCAGUGAGUGACGCUGCUAUAUUAUUACCUUCUAACAUUAAAAAAGAAGGACUCUCUGAACUUGUUAAUAGUUUACUUGAAAAUGAAACCCCUAUUCCAUUUGAUUUUUUAAUUGAUGGUCAAUUAUUGAGAACAAGCAUUGCUGAAUAUUUAAAUCAAGCUAAACUUUCUACUGAAAAUCUUGUAACGAUUGAAUAUGUGGAAUCAAUGCUUCCCCCUGUUCCUCUUACAGCUUAUCAACAUGACGAUUGGAUUAGUUCAGUUCAAGGUAAAAAUGGAUUAUUUCUUACAGGCGCCUAUGACAACAUGGUUCGAUUAUGGAAUAGUUCAGGAGAGUGCAUUUCAACAUUGAUGGGUCAUACUGAUGCUGUUAAAAGUGUUGCAUUUGGUCAAUUUGAGGGAGAUGAGAAUGUGAAUGUCUAUUCUGGUGGAUUAGAUCAUACUCUAUUGGCAUGGACUUGCUCAUUACAAGAUACUAAGAUUAAUCGUGUAUUAUACGAAUGUAAAGGUCACAAAGGACCUAUUGAAUCAAUUGCUGUAGAUAAAGAGAAUCGUUAUUUAGCAAGUGCCUCAGCAGAUAGUUUUGUUAAGAUUUGGACAACAGAGGAACCAUCAGAGGAUGAACAUCUGGAGUCAUCAUCAGUUAACAAAAAGAGAAAGAAGAUGGAAAGAGAGGAUGGUAGAAAGAUAAAGACAAAUUGCAUUACAUUGGAAGGCCAUGUAGGUGGUGUGAAUGCAGUUACUUUUGAUAAAUCAGAUUCAAAUAUUGUUUAUACGGGUGGCUGGGAUCAUUCUAUCCGUUCCUGGAAUGUUGAACAACAAGUCAAUUUAGUUACAAAGAAUUGUGAAAAGGUUGUACUUGAUCUUGAUUAUUCCUCACACUCUAAACUUCUUGCAACUGGACAUAGUGAUAAUUUGAUUCGAUUAUGGGACCCUAGAUCAGAAGGUAUGUGUGUAGUUGUAUAAAGUACAUAAAAUGAACUUGGGAGAAAUACUUAAUAUUCUUUUGAAUAGAAGGAGCAAAUGUAAAGAUGAGUCUUCGUGGACACUCUGCCUGGGUAUCUUCUGUUUCAUGGGCACAAAAUUCAGAAUACAUGUUAUGUUCAGGUUCAUAUGAUUCUACAGUUCGUGUUUGGGAUAUUCGUAGUAGAGAACCUUUAUAUACUGUAGAGGCUGAAAAUGACACAAAACAAAAAGUUUUAUCUGUCUUUUGGGAUAAUGAAAAGAUCCUUAGUGGUGGUGAAGAUAAGAAGUUAAGAAUAUAUCGAGCAAAAAUUUAAUAAAUAAAUAAAUAAAUAAUUUUUUAAAAGUUCA